AUGUGACGAUAAACUUCCUUGUAUCCACACAGGAGCCAAAUUACUGCUCCACUACUGUGUCUGGCACCAACAAGUCACCGCCUGGAUAAUGUCACAACAAAGACCUUACAUAUCUGAGAGUGAGAGAGUGCACUUUAGCUAAUUUGAGAACUGGGUUGGACUCUUGGGAUCCUUUUGUCCUUUGACUCUAUCAGCAAAGCUCAGUUAAGUCAGAGAUUAGACUCAUUUUGAAGCUGAGGCCAAACCAUGAGCUCACGGCAGCACAGAGGCUCCUUUGGCAGGAAGUGAAAUGUCAGUAAUGUGUGACCCUCUUGUUUUGCAUGGGCUUGUGGUCAGGUGCGCAGGUCUUUACUUCUCCCUGCGUUCUGGUAAAUGUAACGGUACAUUUCACCUCUACAUAACGCUUAGCCUAUCUGCAGGUCAACCUUCAACAUGUGUCAAACCGAGCCCCGGAAAUCAAGUUUCUGUUUCCACACUGCAGGGGAACCCUGUUAUUAAAGUGUCUGUUGCUGAAUUGGCUGGAAAGUUUAAAGAUCACAGUGUCUCCAGUUGUGCUGGCUAUGAUGGGCAGAAUAAGCCGGUUCGGCGGAGGCCCCCACGUACUCUCCAGAUCCCUGCCACAGGUGAUGAGAGCCAGGCAGAGGAGCAGAAGUCAGACGGCGCCGCUGCACGUCCUGCCCGCUCCAGGAACAGGAACUCUGCUCUGAUCGAGAAGCUGCAGUCCAACCUGGCCCUGUCGCCCUUGGCCCUGUCGCCCACACCGAUGUUGCCCUCCCCGAAGAGCCCGGGGUUGAGGCUACAGCCCCCAGGGUCCUCCCCCAACUGCCCCAGCAGCCCUGUUGCCCCCAUGCCAAGGGCAGGUAAAAAGCCGGUGGAAGCCCCCGCCAGCUUUGAGAGUCCAGCAGAUGCUGCUCUGCUGCCCAGCAUCAAUAAGGGCAGAGCUCGGCUGUCGGUGAGGCGUCGGCCUCCGUCUCGGCGGGUCAGGAGGGCGGGCGAAGAGGAGAUGGACGGCGAGGGGGGGGGCAGUGGGACUUCCUCACCCGUGGAGCCUGCAGACGGAGAGAGUGAGGCGACACACCCAACAGAUGCACUCACAGCAGAGAAACACACAGAUGACCGCGGCGUGCCUGACCCCGAGACAAAGGCAGCUAGUGUGAAGGAGGCAGAAGUAGUGGACGAGGUGAAAGCCCAGGUCAAACCCCCGAUCGAGGUGAAAGCCCAGGUCAAACCCCCGAUCGAAGUGAAAGCCCAGGUCAAACCCCCGAUCGAGGGGAAAGCCGAGGUCAAACCCCCGAUCGAGGGGAAAGCCGAGGUCAAACCUACGGAUCAGUUCAAGCUCGUAAAUGAAGCCUCUAGCGCCGCUGCUGCUGAGGCUGACCGUGCAGUAGAGACGUCCACAGCAGAAAGGGAGGCGGCCGAGAAAGAUACACCUGAGCCGGAGAAACAAGACGGCCCCUCAGAGACCAGCGCUGACCAGCAGGAAGCAGAUACCGUAAAGCAGGAAGUGUAAGAGAGGGCUGAGGCGGAGGAGGACCGUGGACCCCAGGAUCUCAAGAAUGAAGUUGAAACGCCUGAGGAGCACUGAAGCAGAAUGAGAUCACCUGGGACUUUUUAAAGCGUCCAGGACUGGACGGAGUAAAACGCUGGGAAGGUACCUGCCCAGAACAGACCUCUGCCAAGCCCAACACCCGAUCUCACACUGUUAAAACAAGAGAGAAAUAAACGCCCGAUCUCACACCGUUAAAACAAGAGAGAAAUAAACGCCCCAUCUCACAACGUUAAAACAAGAGAGAAAUAAACGCCCCAUCUCACAACAUUAAAACAAGAGAGAAAUAAAUACCUAAUCUCAGAAUGUUUAAGAGAGAAAAAAAAAACAAUCUCAUAAUCUUUAAGAGAGAAAUAAACGCUGAUCUCACAAUGUAAACACAAGAGAGAAAUAAACGACUGAUCUCACACUGUUAACAUAAGAGAGAAAUAACUUGUCAGUCCUGUGAUGUGGAUCCACUCCUGAUCCAUAACUCGGGUUCUUUCAUGGGAGAACAGGGGUGACUCCAUUGUAGUCUCCAGAUGUGGCGGCUGUCCUCUGCGUUCACUUGCCAUGUGCUGGAUUAGCAGUAUUUGCCCAUUCCAUACCGUUGUGAAGUUACGUUUGAUAUGUUAGUGAUGAACACAUCAUAAAGCUGUGUGAUAGCGCACCAUACUGUAGCUGUUUACGGCCACAACACAGAAUGUAUCUUAUUGUCAAUUAUUAGAGCUCAUGGCCAUCAUUAGACUUUGAGGGAAUUUCUAACUGUGUCUUGUGUAACUGUUUCUUGUUAGUUUCUAUGAAUAGCAAUGUUCUUGAAUGCCUCUAACCAUAAUGGUGUACAUACAGGUCAUCAAAGAAUUUCAACUGUGAUCAGUGUUACUUUUGAAUUAAUUUUUGCCUUGAUCAGUGUAACUUUGAUACAUUUGCUGCAGUGUUUUUGUACUUAGGGGAUGUCUUUGGAAACAAUGUAAAUAAAUGUUACUGUUUUUUCUGGCUGGA